AUGGGCAAUACACAGAGUAUACCUGAGGGGUACAAAUUAGCCAAACACAUAGUCGAAGAUGUAGAUGGAAAACAAGACAAGAAAAAGACAGAGAAGGUGUUACAUAAGAUCUUGAGUUUUUUUGUAGAUGGCAGCGGAGACAUGGGUGAGGAUGGCCAAUUUCAUACUGGAUAUGCAGUGGUCACGCAACAUGAGGUAGUAUUGGCUGAACCACCCCCUCCUCACAUGUCAGCACAGGAGGCUGAGUUGAAGGCAAUAGCUGAAGCGUUUAAAAUGGCAGAUGGUAAAAGAGCAAAUAUCUUCACAGAUUCCAGGUAUGGCUUCGGUAUUGCACAUGACUAUGGUCCCAUCUGGUGGGCCAGAGACUUCCUCACUUCAGCAGAAAAACCAAUUAAAAACCAAGAUGCUGUGUUUGAACUAAUGAACUUACUGUUGCUUCCAGAAGAAGUAGCCAUUGUAAAGGUAAAAGCACAUACCAGGCAGGAAACCGAUGUCUCCAACAAGACACAAGUGGCCGUGUUUGUAUUUUCGGGGCUGACCAAGGACAAGAGGCUGGAAAAUUUUCUCUUUACAUUAUUCAUGGUAAUCUACCUUGUCACCAUAGUGGCAAAUUUAGGCUUGGUAGCUAUUGUCAGGAGCACAUCAACCCUCCAGAUCCCAAUGUACUACUUCCUGAGUUACCUCUCUCUGGUGGACAUCUUCUAUUCUUCUACCAUAACUCCUAAGAUGCUUUCUGACCUUAAAUCCUUAAAGAAGAGUAUCUCUUUUGAAGGUUGUGCUCUUCAGUUCUUCUUCUAUGCCUCUCUGGCCUCCAUAGACUCCCUUAUCCUCUCCAUCAUGUCCUAUGACCGCUAUGUUGCCAUCUGCCACCCUCUCCAUUAUAUGACCAUAAUGACAAAGAAGAAAUGUCUAUAUCUUGUUAUUUUUUCGUUCUCCAUUGGCUUCUUACAAUCUUCAGUACAGACCAGCUGUGCGUUCUCUCUUCAAUUCUGUGGGUCAAACCUGAUCAACCAUUUCUACUGUGAUGCUCCUUUGCUCUUCAGGCUGUCCUGCUCGGAUACAUCUACUUGUGACAUGGUCACUGUCUACAUUGUCAGUGCCAUGGGUAUGGGUCCAUUAAUGACUAUCCUAUUGUCGUACCUCUUAAUCGUCCUUUCAAUUUCACGCAUACAAUCAGCAGAUGGCAAGAAGAAAGCCUUCAGUACCUGCUCAUCACACAUCAUAUGCAUCUCAAUCUUCUAUGGAACCAUAUUCUUCACCUACUUUCGUCCUUCUUCCAGUGUCUUUACCAUACAAGACAAGGUGGCUUCUGUCUUCUACACAGCAGUGACACCAAUGCUUAACCCCCUUAUAUAUAGUCUGAGGAACCAAGAUGUGAAAAGGGUGGUCAUAGCAUUGUUUCCAAAGCAAUUAGGGAAAAUGGGAAAAUAG